AGGAAUUUUGGGAUGCUUUUUUGGGAGCCUGUGGCAAACCCUGAUCUGGGAGGAGAUGUUAUCCCAGACAGGGAUAUCCAUGGAUACCUGGAGCUUUGAGGUGGCUCUUGGAGGAUCCAGGCUGACGUGAAAUGUGGGAUUUUAUAUUUUUUUUCCUAACGAAUGCCUUGUUUGGAAUGGCUGGAUCCCGGCACAGAGGAGGGAGGCCGGUACGUAGGAAUUUCAUCCCAAAAAUCCCAUCCAGGACUGCAUUUCCCAUGAGGAAAUUCCCAUGGGUCCCCCCCCUUGGCCUCCGGAUGGGCUCGGGGGGCUGUGGAAGGUGGGAAGAGGAGAAGAAGGAAGAUGGAGUCAAAUGGAUGCAGCUGGAGCACCGAGGGCCCUACUUUGUGCCCCCCUAUGAGCCCUUGCCCGAGGAUGUGCAGUUUUAUUACGACGGAAAACCCUUGAAGCUGAGCCUGGCCACGGAGGAAAUCGCCACCUUCUAUGCCAAAAUGUUGGAUCAUGAGUACACGACCAAGGAGAUCUUCCAGAACAACUUCUUCCAUGACUGGAGGAAGGAAAUGACCUCAGAGGAGCAGGAGUUAAUCAAGGAUCUGGACAAGUGUGACUUCAGGGAGAUCCACAAAUAUUUUGUGGAAAAAAAUGAGGCCCGGAAAGCGCUUCCCAAGGAGGAAAAGCAGAAGCUGAAGGAGGAGGCGGAUAAGAUCCAGGAGGAAUAUGGAUACUGCAUCCUGGAUGGGCACCGGGAGAAGAUUGGCAACUUCAAAACUGAACCUCCAGGGCUCUUCCGUGGCCGUGGGGAGCACCCCAAAAUGGGGAUGCUGAAGAAGAGGAUCAUGCCAGAAGAUGUCGUCAUCAACUGCAGCAGGGAUUCCAAGAUUCCCGAGCCCCCAGAAGGUCACAGGUGGAAGGAGGUGCGCUUUGACAACACGGUCACCUGGCUGGCCUCGUGGACAGAGAACAUCCAGAACACCUUGAAGUACAUCAUGCUGAAUCCCAGCUCCAAGCUGAAGGGGGAGAAGGACUGGCAGAAAUAUGAGGUAGCUCGGCGCCUAAAGGAUGUUGUCCACGAAAUCCGGGCUCAGUACAGAAAAGAUUGGAAAUCCAAGGAAAUAAAGAAGCGGCAAAGAGCGGUGGCCCUGUACUUCAUUGAUAAGCUGGCCCUGCGAGCUGGGAAUGAGAAGGAGGAAGGGGAGACUGCGGACACGGUCGGCUGCUGCUCCCUGCGUGUGGAGCACAUCCAGCUGCACCCCCAGCUGGAUGGGCAGGAGCACGUGGUGGAGUUUGACUUCCUUGGGAAAGACUCCAUCCGUUACUACAACAAAGUGUCCGUGGAGAGGCCGGUGUUCAAGAACCUGCAGCUGUUCAUGAAGAACAAGGACCCCACCGAUGACCUCUUUGACCAGCUCACUACACACUUCCUGAACAAACACCUCCAGGACCUCAUGGAUGGUUUGACGGCCAAAGUCUUCAGGACCUACAACGCCUCCAUCACCCUGCAGGAGCAGCUCAAGGCCCUCACCAACCCUGAAGACAACGUUGCAGGAAAGCUCCUGUCCUACAACCGAGCCAACCGAGCCGUGGCCAUCCUGUGCAACCAUCAGAGGUCUAUACCAAAAACCUUUGCCAAGUCCAUGCAAUUCCUUCAGGAAAAGAUUGAUGCCAAGAAGAAACAAGUGGAGGAAGCCCAGGAAGAAGUGAAAAAAGCUGAAGAUGAGUUCGAAGACACAAAAGAUGCCAAAGCAGAAGUGAACGUGGAGAGGAAGAAGAAGCUGUUGAAGAGGCUGGAGGAGCAAUUGGCCAGGCUGAACGUCCAGGCCACGGACAAGGAGGAGAACAAGCAAAUAGCUCUAGGCACAUCCAAGCUGAAUUACCUGGAUCCCAGGAUUAGCGUGGCUUGGGACACCUUCUGCUAUCCGAGGUUGCUCCAAGCUCCAUCCAGCUUGGCCUUGGACACCUGCAGGGAUGCAGUGGAGAGGACCCUGCUGGGUAACUGGUCCCCACUGGUGUCUUGUGGUCUGCACAGGUGCAAGAAAUUUGGGAUUCCCAUUGAGAAGAUCUACAACAAGACCCAGAGGGAGAAGUUUGCCUGGGCCAUCGACAUGGCCGGCGAGGACUUUGAAUUCUGAGCUGGUGCCUUCCAUGUUAAAUCCCAAAUCCUACUCAUUUGGUGCUGUUGGGAAGCCCUUUUUAAAAAUUUGCUGCUGCUGGGGACUGAGGGUUG